CCAUUUCCCCGCGGCAGGGGGCAGCGGCUGGCUGCUGCACUGGGCCUCCCUCGCCCGCGUCUGUCACCGGCCGCGAAUUAACCCCCGCGAGGCAGGGGAGGGGCCGCGAAAGUGGAGAGUUAGAGCGAUUAGCCGGUCCCGUCCGGCCCCGCUCCGCCCCACCUGCCUCCGAAGCCCCCCUCUCGGCCUCCGUUCCCCGGGUGGGUGUCAGCUGCUCGGUAAUCCUCCCCCCAGGCCCGGGAGUGUGAGUCUUUCCUGCAGCUUUCGCGGAGAGCAGAGCCUUCAAAGGAACAGGCACACGUGGCUGGAUGGAAAUUGGCAUGGGCGGGGAAGGACAUUAUUUUGAAGACAAUGUCUGGAAGUUUCUACUUUGUAAUAGUUGGUCAUCAUGAUAAUCCAGUAUUUGAAAUGGAAUUUCUUCCUUCUGGAAAAGUGGAGUCCAAGGAUGAUCAUCGUCAUCUCAACCAGUUCAUAGCUCAUGCUGCUCUUGACCUAGUAGACGAGAACAUGUGGCUGUCUAACAACAUGUACCUGAAGACAGUGGACAAGUUUAAUGAAUGGUUUGUUUCUGCUUUUGUCACUGCAGGACAUAUGAGAUUUAUUAUGCUUCAUGAUGUAAGACAAGAAGAUGGAAUUAAAAACUUCUUUAGUGAUGUCUAUGACUUGUAUAUAAAGUUUGCAAUGAAUCCAUUCUAUGAACCCAAUUCUCCUGUUCGAUCGAGUGCAUUUGACAGAAAAGUGCAAUUUCUUGGGAAAAAACAUCUUUUAAGCUGAAUACUUUUAAAUAGACUUUGUUGUAUCUUCGUGAAUAUCUGAACUGUAAUUAACUUAAAUAACCUGGUAAGUUUUCAGCAUGUUUGACUUCUUUUUGAAGACUUAAGACAAAUCAGAUGCCCCAUAAUUUUUUUUCAGUGACAACUAAAAACCAGUUGAGCUUUUGGGGUUAUGAGAAAUACUAUAAAAAUCCUUCCAGGUGCCAUGUGUUAAAGUGUUUAAACAAACAAGUCAGUAUAAACAGUGGUAGUAAAUCAAUUGCUGUAUUCCAAAGUUAGAGGCAUCAGUAUAUCAUGGUUGCCUUAUCAAUUCAGAGAUGAAAAGCAGAUCUCUUCUGUUUAUGUAGCCUGUUGAAAAGAAAUCAGAUCUAAAUGCAAAAAAGCUUGUGUGUGGGGGGGAUAUAUUUCACAAUUGUAUGACUUAGCACAAAGAAGAGGGAAGUUCUUAAUUGUUAGGUCUAAAGGGAGAAAUAUUGAUUA